GCCCGGGCGGCGGCGGUGGCCGAGCCCCCGAGGGCGAAGCGGCGGCUGAGGCGGUGUCGCUCCUCGGGAGGAAGCCGGGGGCCGCGGGCGGCUGUGUGGCGGGCGAGCCCGCGAGACCUCGCCUCCCGCCUUCGCCUCAGAUUCAUUACUAAACAUGGGUGCAUUUUUGGAUAAACCCAAAACUGAGAAACACAAUGCCCAUGGUUCUGGGAAUGGUUUGCGUUAUGGCCUGAGCAGCAUGCAAGGAUGGAGAGUAGAAAUGGAAGAUGCACACACAGCUGUUGUGGGCAUCCCUCACGGCUUGGAAAACUGGUCAUUUUUUGCAGUUUAUGAUGGUCAUGCUGGAUCCCGAGUGGCAAAUUACUGCUCAAUGCAUUUGUUAGAACACAUCACUACUAAUGAAGACUUCAGGGCAGCUGGCAAGUCAGGCUCUGCUCUUGAACCCUCAGUGGAAAGCGUUAAGACUGGGAUCAGAACAGGCUUUUUGAAAAUUGAUGAGUAUAUGCGUAACUUUUCAGACCUCAGAAAUGGGAUGGACAGGAGCGGUUCAACUGCAGUGGGCGUUAUGAUUUCACCUACACAUAUGUACUUUAUCAACUGUGGUGACUCCCGAGCUGUUCUGUGUAGGAAUGGAGAAGUCUGCUUUUCUACCCAGGAUCACAAACCUUGUAAUCCAAUGGAAAAGGAGCGCAUCCAAAAUGCAGGAGGCAGUGUAAUGAUACAGCGUGUGAAUGGUUCAUUAGCAGUAUCUCGUGCUCUGGGGGACUACGAUUACAAGUGCGUUGAUGGCAAGGGCCCAACAGAACAACUUGUUUCUCCAGAGCCUGAGGUUUAUGAGAUUUUAAGAUCAGAAGAGGAUGAAUUUGUCGUCUUGGCUUGUGAUGGGAUCUGGGAUGUGAUGAGUAAUGAGGAGCUCUGUGAAUUUGUUAAGUCUAGGCUUGCGGUGUCUGCUGACCUGGAGAGUGUGUGCAAUUGGGUAGUGGACACUUGUUUACAUAAGGGAAGUCGAGAUAACAUGAGUAUUGUAUUAGUUUGCUUUUCAAAUGCCCCCAAGGUGUCAGAUGAAGCAGUGAAAAAAGAUUCAGAGUUGGAUAAGCACUUGGAAUCACGGGUUGAAGAAAUUAUGGAGAAGUCUGGGGAAGACGGAAUGCCUGAUCUUGCCCAUGUCAUGCGCGUUUUGUCUGCAGAAAAUAUCCCAAAUUUACCUCCUGGGGGAGGUCUUGCUGGCAAGCGCAAUGUUAUUGAAGCUGUUUAUAGUAGGCUGAAUCCACACAGAGACAGUGACGCGAGUUUCUCUGUUUUAGGUCUGGCCGUCCUGGACUCUCUUUGUAGAACCUAUAGAACCAGGCUGUCCUUGAACUCUGCCUCCCUACUGUGGGGAUUGAAGCCAUGCACUCCCACACCUUGCUCUUAAUUAUUUUUCUUUCAUGUGAAUGGGUGCUUUUUCAAAAGAUAUGUCUGUGCAUAAGGAGCCUAAGAGGGUUUCGGAUCUCCUGGGGCUGGAGCUAUAUUGAGCAGCCAUGUGGGUUCUGGGAAUUGACCCGAAUCCUCUGGGUGGGCAGUCAGUGUUCCUAUGAGCCAUCCAUCUCUCUUGCCUCUCUUCUCUGGCAUUUUAAAUAUAUAAAAAUAAACAAGCUAAAACACAUAAAGAAUUCCUUCUUGACAUGUGGACAGUUUUUAAGCACUCAUAUCUGUCUUCUUUUCUCAUGAACACUACAAUUUAUUAUAAUAAAAUAAAUUUAUUAAAUGUUAUGUCUCCAAAGAUAAUUGGGACUUAGAGCCUCUAUCAAUAACCUAUUUUUGUUGUUGUUGUUGUUGUUGUUUUCCUAAUGGUUGGGAUGAGAACUAUAGAGAUUACAGCUGUUUACCUUUUUUUCUGGUUGCUUUGUCUAUUUUAAUGUCCAUGCAUAAAUAAACCAGAUAUCAAAUAUUUUUGUUACCCUUUGAAAACAAGUUAAAGAUAUCACAAUGUUUUAUAGGUUAACAUUUCAGAGCAUGGCUUAGUUUAGAAUAGGAACAUCUUUCUGUAUGUCAAUAAUACCUUAAUCAUAUCUAGAAAAAUGAAUGUUUCAUAAUGUUGUGAAAUAACCAAAUUUACAUACUCUUAUUUGUUCCUGAAAUAACUAUACUGUUUUUUUCAAACAGUCUAGAAAGGUACCUUGAACCUGACUAAUCAAGCCUGCAUUUUCUUGUACUGGAUACCAACUUUGACAAGCCUUAGCCAGCUUUCCUGUAAUCCAGCCUACUUCUUAGAUUUGUGUGAUUGUUUUCUCAGGGUUCCUUUAGCUUAAUCCUCAUCCCUGUUUUCUGGUACAUAGGGAGUCAGUGCUAUUUGAUUCCUAUUACACAUUUUGGAAAGAAUGCAUGCUGUGACUCAUUUAUGAUGGCGUACAUAAAGGGGACACGUAUGUUAGGCUGCCACGACGGUAAAGGGCAUGUAUGUAGAAAGCCAUCAUGAUGGUGCAUGUGAGGGAGUAUUUGUAGGCCUGUCAUGAUGUGCACUUGAAGGCGCAUAUGUAAGGCUGUCAUGAUGGUAUUCAUGGGGGCACCCGUGUAAGGCUGGAGUUCAGUUCGUCAGCUUAACCCUGCACAGAUCAUGAGACCCUUCUCUGCUGAGAAGCUUAAGUAGACACGACUUCAGAGACCCAUGGAAUUUCUCUAGUAUUUAGUGUUUAAAGUAAUUAAUAUGUUUUAUCUAGCGAUGGUUUUAUUAAAAUGCUGUAUUUUAAGGCAAAAUUAAAAUUAUUUUCAAAAGUUUUUUAAUCUCUGAAAGAAUCCAGUGUAAAUUUUUGUAGUUUUACAUUUGUAUCUUUUCUCCUACUCACGGUUUAGCCGAAGUGAAGAAACUAACAUUGUGAUGGCUGCUCUUCUGUCCUUUGCCUCGCUUUAAAAUAAUUGUUUUCCCUUUGAACUAAAUCAUUUUAGCCAGCAAUUUUUUAAAGUAAGUUAUUUUAGGAGAUGUUUAUAUUCUUGUUGAAUUUUUAAAGCAAAGUAAGUUUUAGAUUAAAGUUCAAAUGGUAAUUGGAAUAAGACGUAAACUAGCUCAUGGUAAUUGGCUAAAUAUAACUUGAUGUUACAAUUAAUCUGCACAGGUAAGAACUGAUAUUUAAAAUGUUCUAUUAACUGUGUUGCUUGUGGUAGAAAAAGUAGUGCUUUGUGUGAUGUGUUAUGAAAUCCAUGUGAUAUCCUAGUUUGUCUACUGACACUGGGGUCUUGAAUCUUAA